AUGCACUCUAGUCGAAAAUGGAAACUCCCAUCGAGCCUAGGGUACGCCGUUCCGUUGCCUAGAAACUGUGGUUUAAAUAAUCUCAGCGAUUCGCUUGAUGACUUAAAGUUGGUCGACUUAUAUCUAAUGUCCAAAGAAGUCAGAUGUAGAAUCUGUAAUGAACGUUCGGAUGGUUCACAUUUUGGUGUUGAUUCUUGUCGAGCAUGUGCGGCGUUCUUUCGACGUACCGUUAAUUUGAAACGAGUUUACGUCUGUAGACUUGGGACAAAUAACUGCAAUAUAUCUACCUCUAUUCGCUGCAUGUGCCGUAGCUGCAGGUUCAAGAAAUGUCUGGAGUGUGGUAUGCUGGUUGAAAGUGUCCAACCGAAAAGAGAUCCUCUAAAGAACAGUUUUGAAAAAUCUGGCGGCCGGACAGCUUCUCAUUUCCUCUCCGUAUCACCAUCUGAAAAUGAGACAAAGAACCCUGUGAUGAGGCCUCCACCUCCACCUGCUAAUCCUUCAACUUCUGCUUUUGCACCUGUAGCUUUUCCUAGUCACCAACCCAGUUUGCCUAAUGUGUCUGCUCCCCAGUCUCUUCUGAAGAGAGUAGAGGAGGCAUAUCGCAGACUGAACGAGUCUCGUCGGACUGCAGAAAUUACGUUAUCGAUGGAACCGCUCCAUAAUGUUUUUUCUAAGAAUCCGGUUAGUGAUGUGAAAAUGGGCAACUUUGAUCAUGUAACUAAAGUCCAUCGGGCUGACAUUUCUCUUAUUGCUGAUUUUUUGGACAACACUUUUGAAACUUUUGCUGCUUUUCCUCAACAACAGAAGUGGAUUGUUUUUCAUAAUUUUGUCUGUCAUCUUUGGGGCUUGGAGGGAUGUUUCCGAACUGUGCGACAAUUUCCUUCUCAAGAAAAAACCCGAGUUAUGUUAACGAUUGGUUCAUAUAUAGAUUUGGAGAAAGUUGAUGCGUUUUUCGAACCGCAAAAAAUUGACGCUUCAGUUGCGAAGGUAAUGAAAGAAAAUUUUUACGGACAUCUUGCAAAUAUGGAAGCAAUGCGAAAUAUCAGCAUUACAGACACGGAGUUCGCAGCUAUGAUUGCUCUAACCCUUUUCUCGGAAGGUAUCGAAGGCAUCACACUUGAAACAAUGCAGAAAAUUCGUACAAUGCGAGAACUAAUCUUCCACGGAUUACACUACUAUUAUAUUGAAGAACUUGGGGUGCCUAAUUAUGCCUCUAGAUUGGGUGAAUGUAUGGUUGUUCUCAAUUUGGUCCAGAAACAACCAUUUGCGUUAUUUGCUCAUGGUAACGCAUGUUUACAGAAAAUGUUUUUGGACAUGGCUGAAAGUAUGGAAUUGGCGAGGCUGUAUGAUUUAUUCGACCAGGAUUCUUUCAUGUAUCAUUUUAUAAAAUCAUGA